GUGAUGUUGGCGCUCUGGGCUGGUGGGACUUGUUUAUAAAUUAUGGUAUUGCUGAGUGCUUUGCUUUUCUUGUUUGUACGAAGUGGUCAAAUCCAACGAUUCAUAGAAGCUCUCUCGCACAUGGAGCUAGUUCGUCAUCUACUACUAUCAGAUAUCUUGACUGGAAUAGUGGUUUAGUGGUUUCCUCAGAGGAGGAACCACAGAAUAGACUGUGUGGCCUGCAAGACCUCGGUGGUCACCUAAUGAAAGUUCCAAUCGUAUGUUUCCAAGUCCUCCUCUGUAUGCGCCUGGAGGGCACACCUGCAAGUGCAAGACACAUUUCUCUUCCACUUCUAUUCUUACCCAUAUUCCUAUUGCAAGGAGCUGGGGUCUUGUUUGCUACCUUAAGAUUUGUUGAGAAAAUUGUUCUUUUAUUGCGAAGUGGAGCUGUUGCGGGACGAUAUCAUGUAUUCUCUUCAGGAGUACGUGACUGCUUUGCGUUUAUGCAUCACGGUUCCAGGCUACUUGGUUGGUGGUCCAUUGAUGAAUCAAGUCGAGAAGAACAGGUUCGACUAUUCCAUGAUGGAUUUCCGGGGUAAGAGUGGUUUUCCCUCUUUGUUUUUGCUUCUCCUCUGCCUCCGAGUUCUUUGCAUUGUGUUUCAUUUGCAUGGUGAAAGGACAAGUUUGUUUUUUGAUAAAGUAAUAACUCAUUUAGUGUGGCAAAAAAAUAAUAUAUAUAUACAAGUGGUCACUCCUCAUGGCUGCUCCAAAAUUUACUAAAAGAAAAGACAUGCCAUCAUCUGUAUUAGAUCUUCCCAAUCCUUCAAGGUUCUCCUGUCCUUUCCCCCCCAACUGCGCAGAUAAUAGCCAAAUGGCUACAUCAUAAGCUGUGCAUGUUCUUUUUUCUUCCCAGCUGAAUAUUACAUCAUUAACUGUAUUGACCACUAACCUACCAAUUUACCGCUGUCCACCAAACUGAGUAGCAACUUGGCUAUGCAACAAGUGAUCUUCAGCUUCUUCUUCCUAGAGUUUUUGCAUGUGAUGUCAGCUAAUAUAUGUUGCUUUUUCUUUUCCUCAAAUAAUUAGUCCAUUUUUGUUUUCCUUGGCAAUGGACGCAUUGACGCGACACAUUCAAGGGGAGGUGCCUUGGUGUAUAUUAUUUGCGGAUGACAUAGUUCUGAUUGAUGAGACGCGUGGUGGUGUUAACGUGAGGCUAGAGGUCUAAGAGACAUACCCUCGAGUCUAAAGGUUUCAAGCUGAGCAGGACCAAGACCGAAUACUUGAAGUGCAAGUUCAGCGGCGUUGUCCAGGAAGUGGACGGGGAUGUGAGGCUUGAUACGCAAGUUAUUCCUAGGAGAGAGAAUUUUAAGUACCUUGGGUCUGUGAUUCAGAGUGAUGGGGAGAUAGAUGAGGAUGUUACACAUCGUAUCGGAGCAAGGCGGAUGAAGUGGAGGCUCGCUUCCGGUGUCUUGUGCGAUAAGAAUGUGCCGUUGAGACUUAAAGGGAAGUUCUACAAGAUAGUGGUUAGACCGACUAUGUUGUAUGAGGCAGAGUACUGGCCAGUUAAGAACUCCCAUGUCCAGCAGAUGAAAGUAACGGAGAUGAGGAUGUUGAGAUGGAUGUGAGAGCACACGAGGUUAGAUAGAAUUGGGAAUGAAGUUAUUAGGUACAAGGUGGGAGUGACCCCCGUGGAGGAAAAGAUGUGAGAGGCGAGGCUGAGAUGGUUCGAGCAUGUUAAGAGGAGAAACACAAAUACUCUGGUCAGGAGGUGUGAGAGGUUGGCCUUGGGGGUAAGAGGAAGGAUAGAGGUAGGCCGAAGAAGUCUUGGGGAGAGGUGAUCAGGCGGGACAUGGCACAUCUUGAGCUUACGGAGGACAUCACCCUUGAUAGGAGGGUGUGGAGGUUGAGAAUUAAAGUAGAAGGUUAGUAUGUAGUUGAGCGUUUCCCUUUGUCUUCCUUGGUUCAACAGUAUUAGUAUUAGUAUUAGUAUGGUAUCCUUUUUACCCUUAGUUUGCUAUUUUCACAUAUCUUGUAUUGUUAGUACUUGCCAUCAGUAUCCUUUAGUUUGAUAUCAUUAUAUAUCUUGCACUGUUAUUAUUUGUGAUAAGUACUUCUUUCAUCUUCCCCUUUGUUAUCUUGGAUUUAGUUUUCUAAAUAUCCUGUAUUGUUACUACUUGUUAUCAGUGCUUCUUACAUCUUUUUAGCGGAGGGUCUUCCGGAAACAGCCUCUCUACCCUUCCAGGGUAGGGGUAAGGCUGCGUACAUCAUACCCUCCCCAGACCCCACUUGUGGGAAUACACUGGAUGUUGUUGUUGUUGUUGCCUUUCCUCAAAUAAUUGGCUGUAAAAAUGGUACCCCUUACUGCCAGUCAAGUGAAAAGUAUACCCCUCAAGUGAAAAGGCGUACCUUUCUAGGAGCUCUGGAAUUGAUCAUUUGUCCUCCCUUCUUACUAAUCUGUGGUCGAAGGACUUCCCUGAAAGAAUUCCGCUUCCAUUCUCAUUCCAUUUGCAUGAUCAUGGUCCAAAACUGUGAUGUUCUGAUCAUAAAGUAAUUUCAUGAGGUUUUGGAACUCAAUUUUCCAAUUCUUUACAU